AUGGGCAAACAUCUUUUCGUGCUGGUGCACGGGUUGUGGGGCAACUAUAAGCAUAUGAAUGCAAUCAAGGAUGUGUUUUCUGAUGCAUUUCAGGACAGUUCGGAAAUUCUCUUUUUUUCGCCGCGACAAAACGGAUAUUUCAAGACGUUUGACGGUAUCGAGAUCAUCGGGUAUCGUACCCUUCUUGAAAUAUGCCAGUUUAUCGACACUUUCCCGUCUGGAGAGAUUACUGACAUCAGCUUUGUCGGGUAUUCCAUGGGUGGCCUAAUAGCGCGGUUCAUUGUGGGAAAAAUGCUCUCUGAAUGUCAUGAGCUGUUUCAAAAUAUACAACCUCAGUUGUUCAUUACUUUUGCAACGCCGCAUCUUGGUGUUCACUUUUUGUUGCGCGAACACCGCGCAGGUCAUCAUCGUGCAAUAUCGCGAAUUUUGUCCACUUUGGGUACUACCGUCCUUGGCAGGACUGGGCGGCAGCUUUUCAUCCAAGAUAGCCUGCCAAAUAAGUCAAUUUUGGUGAAAUUGAGCGAAGGAGAAUAUUUAGAGGGUCUCGCACGUUUCAAACACAGGAUUUGCGUGGCUAACGUUAAAAACGACCGUACUGUGGCCUUCUACACCUCUUUCAUAGCAGACAAGGAUCCGUUUUUGGAGACUGAUAACCAGAUCAAGUAUGAGUUUGAGAGGAACCUUCCAGGCGAGAAUCUGUGUAUGGUACCACGUAUCAUCGACAUGGCAAAACUGGACCCUGCCUCUUCGAGGGCUCCAGCUGAUGGUCCACAUCUAUCACACUGGCUUUUCAUAUUCGUUAUCUGUUGCGUUUUAACGUUUGUGCUGCCACUCAUUUUCGUAGCCAACGUCUUGGGUACAUGCUACUCUUAUUUGGCUACGGUUCAUUACCAGAACCUGUUGCAUCAGGGGGAGGGCCGUGUUAUCUUGCGUCGCAAACUGGGACUACGCGACAAGAUUGCCGAUUCACUGCGGGACACUGUGGGCGUAAUUGCGAGCGAUUACGAGGACAACCCUGGUGCCGAUAAUGGUCAGACUAUUGUGAGGGAAGACACAUCUUGGGAAGACUUCAUUGCCAAAUACACAAGUGGCUGGCAAUCUGAUCCAAAACCUAAGUUCCAUAAGCUAAAUUUCGAUGAACAGCGUAAGCAAAUCUAUUCGAAUUUGAACGGGGUUUCCUGGAUUCGCAUCCCGCUCUACGUUAAGGCGCUAAACGCACAUGAUGGCAUUGUCGCAAGAAAGGGUGUCAAGGCUGCUACGCCGUACAGCAUAUCAGGGCUUCAAUUUGUGGCUCAAAUGGUCAAGUUUCUCUGGUUUCGCACUAGCCGGCAAUCGACGGCACGUAUGGUCCAAAUUGAAGCUUGCCAUAAAUUGCAUAAAGAAAAAUAA